AUGGCGUUCCUCACUCCAGAUGAGGCCGCCCAGAGUCAUGCCAACCUGGUCCGGAUUCCGAGCAUCGUAUUCUUUGUCGUCACGCCCAUCUUCGUCUUUAUCAGAUUCUGGAAUCGUAUUUCGAGGAGAUCGGGGCUGGGUUGGGACGAUGGCACCAUUGCUGUGUCCUUUGUAUGCACUCUUUUGGUGCAGAUAUUUAUGAUGAUUUCGUGUAAUUACGGAUUCGGCAAACACAUUGCGUCCUUGUCACCUCACGAUAAACUGGAAGCCCUUAAGUGGUUUUACGUCGCACAAAUCUUCUACAAGCUGACCAUUAACUUGACGAAAAUGUCGAUUGUUCUCUUAUAUCUGCGAAUAUUCGUCCAAAGGUGGUUCCGCAUCGCGUGCUACAUCCUCCUGGGUAUCGUCACGGCCUACUGCAUUGCGAGCACGUUGACUUCGAUCUUCCAAUGCCAUCCUAUUUCAGGAGCUUGGGACAAAUCCAGCAAACCAACGUGCAUUAGUUUGACAGAAAACUGGUAUAGUAACGCCGGUUACUCCAUUGCUACCGAUGUUUUGAUCCUGUUGUUGCCGAUGCAGCCCAUCUGGGCGAGCAAGCUGCCAGUCAACCAGAAGAGAGCUUUGAUGUUUGUCUUUGCUCUUGGUAGUUUUGUUACUGUUACAUCCAUUCUGCGUGCCACGACUCUCAACUUCUCGACAACCAGCCCUGAUACGACUUUCGACAUUACCUCUACACUAUGGACCAUUAUCGAAGAAAACGUCGCCAUCAUCUGUGCCUGCUUGCCCAUGUGCCGUAUUGUCCUGGCCUUCCUCUUCCCCUCGGUCUUCGGAGGCAACACCAGCAAGGGAUCUACUGGAGCCUCAGGCGGCCUGGGAUCAGGGAAUCCUAACAAAUACGGAUAUGCUCGUUCUCAGUCCCCUUCGCGUCGCCAAAGCUGGAAACCUUAUUCCGGACCGGGCGGUGAUGGCGUCAGCCGCAGCACGGCUGCCCAUCAGAGCGACGACACGAGCGAAGAAUUCAUCCUCACAACAGUACAAAGACAUGGAUCAACGGAUGGAGACGACGGCGCUAUUAGAAAGACUACGAAGUAUGAAGUCUCAUACGAAAACUGA